GCAGCGUUCGCCCGAACAUGGCGACACGGAGCAGCAGGAGGGAGUCGCGACUCCCCUUCCUAUUCACCCUGGUCGCGCUGCUGCCGCCCGGGGCUCUGUGCGAGGUGUGGACGCAGACGCUGCACGGCGGCCGCGCGUCCCUGCCCCAGGACCGGGGCUUCCGCGUGGUGCAGGGCGAGCCGCGCGAGCUGCGGCUGUGGGCGCGCUGGGGGCCCCGGGGGGCGGACGAGAAGCCGCUCCGGAGGAGACGGAGCGCUGCCCUGCAGCCGGAGCCCAUCAAGGUGUACGGACAGGUUAGUCUGAAUGAUUCCCACAAUCAGAUGGUGGUGCACUGGGCCGGAGAGAAAAGCAACGUGAUCGUGGCCUUGGCCCGGGACAGCCUGGCCCUGGCGAGGCCCAGGAGCAGUGAUGUGUACGUGUCUUACGACUAUGGAAAAUCAUUCAAGAGAAUUUCCGAGAAAUUGAGCUUCGGCUUGGGCAACAGCAGUGAAGCGGUGAUCGCCCAGUUCUACCACAGCCCCGUGGACAAUAAGCGUUACAUCUUUGUAGAUGCUUAUGCCCAGUACCUCUGGAUCACGUUUGACUUCUGCAACACUAUCCAAGGCUUUUCCAUCCCGUUCCGGGCAGUUGAUCUCCUCCUGCACAGCAAGGCCUCCAACCUUCUCCUGGGCUUUGACAGGUCUCACCCCAACAAGCAGCUGUGGAAGUCAGAUGAUUUUGGCCAGACCUGGAUCCUGAUUCAGGAACAUGUGAAGUCCUUUUCUUGGGGUAUCGAUCCCUAUGACAAGCCAAACACCAUCUACGUGGAACGGCACGAACCCUCUGGCUACUCCACGGUUUUCCGAAGUACGGACUUCUUCCAGUCCCGGGAGAACCAGGAAAUGAUCCUGGAGGAAGUGAAAGACUUUCAGCUUCGGGACAAGUACAUGUUUGCUACAAAGGUGGUGCAUCUUUGGGGCAGUCUGCAGCCAUCUUCUGUCCAGCUCUGGGUCUCCUUUGGCAGGAAGCCCAUGCGAGCAGCCCAGUUUGUCACGAGACAUCCUAUUAAUGAGUAUUACAUCGCAGAUGCCUCCGAGGACCAGGUGUUUGUAUGCGUCAGUCACAGUAACAACCGCACCAACUUAUACAUCUCGGAGGCAGAGGGGCUGAAGUUCUCCCUGUCCUUGGAGAACGUGCUCUACUAUAGCCCAGGAGGGGCGGGCGGCGACACGCUGGUGAGGUAUUUUGCAAAUGAGCCAUUUGCUGACUUCCACCGUGUGGAAGGGUUGCAAGGAGUCUACAUCGCUACUCUGAUUAAUGGUUCUAUGAAUGAGGAGAACAUGAGAUCAGUCAUCACCUUUGACAAAGGGGGUACCUGGGAGUUCCUUCAGGCUCCAGCCUUCACAGGAUAUGGAGAAAAAAUCAACUGUGAGGUAGAGAUGCUUUCAUCUUGUUUGCGUUUUUCAUACAAAUCUUUACCUGUCAUGCUAACCUUACGGUUCCCAAACUCAACACCAGGGCACCUAGGGUGCCAUAGUGAACUCCCAAGGGCACUUCCUGGACCUCAUUACUACACCUGGGGAGAUCAUGGCGGCAUCAUCAUGGCCAUCGCCCAGGGCAUGGAAACCAAUGAGCUGAAAUACAGCACCAACGAAGGGGAGACCUGGAAAACGUUCAUCUUCUCCGAGAGGCCAGUGUUUGUGUAUGGACUCCUCACGGAGCCCGGCGAGAAGAGCACUGUCUUCACCAUCUUUGGCUCCAACAAAGAGAAUGUCCACAAUUGGCUGAUCCUUCAGGUCAAUGCCACGGAUGCCUUGGGGGUUCCCUGCACAGAGAAUGACUACAAGCUCUGGUCGCCAUCUGAUGAGCGGGGCAACGAGUGUUUGCUAGGACACAAGACCGUUUUCAAACGGAGGACACCCCACGCCACGUGCUUUAACGGAGAAGACUUUGACAGGCCGGUGGUCGUAUCCAACUGCUCCUGUACGCGAGAGGACUACGAAUGUGACUUCGGCUUCAAGAUGAGUGAAGAUUUGUUCUUAGAGGUUUGUGUUCCGGAUCCUGAGUUUUCUGGGAAGUCCUACUCUCCUCCCGUGCCUUGCCCUGUGGGCUCUACUUAUAGGAGAACAAGAGGCUAUCGGAAGAUUUCUGGGGACACUUGUAGUGGAGGAGACGUUGAAACACGACUGGAAGGAGAACUGGUCCCGUGUCCCUUGGCAGAGGAGAACGAAUUCAUCCUGUAUGCCAUGCGGAAGUCCAUCCACCGCUAUGAUCUGGCCUCGGGAGCCACCGAGCAGUUGCCCCUCACGGGGCUACGGGCCGCAGUGGCCCUGGACUUUGACUAUGAGCACAACUGCUUGUAUUGGUCUGACCUGGCCUUGGACACCAUCCAGCGCCUCUGUUUGAAUGGGAGUACAGGGCAAGAGGUGAUCAUCAAUUCUGGCCUGGAGACCGUAGAAGCCUUGGCUUUUGAACCCCUCAGCCAAUUACUUUACUGGGUGGACUCUGGCUUUAAAAAGAUCGAGGUGGCUAAUCCAGAUGGUGACUUCCGACUCACGAUUGUCAACUCCUCUGUGCUCGACCGGCCCAGGGCUCUGGUCCUCCUGCCCCAAGACGGGGUGAUGUUCUGGACCGACUGGGGAGACCUGAAGCCGGGAAUUUAUCGGAGCAAUAUGGAUGGCUCUGCCGUCCAUCGUCUUGUGUCAGAGGAUGUGAAGUGGCCCAAUGGCAUCUCUGUGGAUGACCAGUGGGUCUACUGGACAGAUGCCUACCUGGACUGCAUCGAGCGGAUCACUUUUGAUGGCCAGCAGCGCUCGAUCAUCCUGGACAACCUCCCCCACCCCUACGCCAUUGCCGUCUUUAAGAAUGAGAUCUACUGGGAUGACUGGUCGCAGCUCAGCAUCUUCCGAGCUUCCAAAUACAGCGGCUCCCAGGUGGCUGUUCUCGCGAGUCAGCUCACGGGGCUGAUGGACAUGAAGAUUUUCUACAAGGGCAGGACAACUGGAAGCAAUGCCUGCGUGUCCAGGCCGUGCAGCCUGCUCUGCCUGCCCAGGGCCAACAACAGUAAAAGCUGCCGGUGUCCAGAGGGUGUGGCCAGCAGCGUCCUCCCGUCCGGGGACCUGAUGUGUGAGUGCCCUCAGGGCUACCAGCGGGAGAACAACACCUGUGUCAAAGAAGAGAACACCUGUCUCCGUAACCAGUAUCGCUGCAGCAAUGGAAACUGUAUCAACAGCAUCUGGUGGUGCGAUUUUGACAAUGACUGCGGUGACAUGAGCGACGAGAGAAACUGCCCUACUACCAUUUGUGAUCUGGACACCCAGUUCCGCUGCCAGGAGUCUGGGACCUGCAUCCCACUGUCCUACAAAUGUGACCUUGAGGAUGAUUGUGGAGACAACAGCGAUGAAAGUCACUGCGAAAUGCACCAGUGCCGGCGUGAUGAAUACAGCUGCAGCUCUGGCAUGUGCAUCCGCUCCUCCUGGGUGUGUGAUGGGGACAAUGACUGCAGGGACUGGUCUGAUGAAGCCAACUGUACCGCCAUCUAUCACACCUGCGAGGCCUCCAACUUCCAGUGCCGCAAUGGACACUGUAUCCCCCAGCGGUGGGCAUGCGAUGGUGACAUGGACUGCCAAGACGGUUCUGACGAGGACCCAGUGAACUGCGAGAAGAAGUGCAACGGAUUCCGCUGCCCGAAUGGCACGUGCAUCCCAUCCAGCAAGCACUGUGACGGUCUGCGGGAUUGCUCGGAUGGCGCGGACGAACAGCGCUGCGAGCCCCUGUGCACACGCUUCAUGGACUUCGUGUGCAAGAACCGUCAACAGUGCCUGUUCCACUCCAUGGUGUGCGACGGAAUCGUCCAGUGCCGUGACGGUUCUGAUGAGGACGCGGAGUUCGCAGGAUGCUCCCAAGACCCCGAGUUCCACAAGGUUUGUGAUGAGUUCAGUUUCCAGUGCCAGAAUGGAGUGUGCGUCAGCUUGAUCUGGAAAUGCGACGGCAUGGAUGAUUGCGGUGACUACUCGGAUGAAGCCAACUGCGAAAACCCCACAGAAGCCCCGAACUGCUCCCGCUACUUCCAGUUCCAGUGUGAGAACGGCCACUGCAUCCCCAACAGGUGGAAAUGUGACGGGGAGAACGACUGUGGCGACUGGUCUGAUGAGAGGGACUGCGGAGAUUCACAUGUCCUCCCAUCCCCCACUCCCGGGCCCUCUACGUGUCUGCCCAAUUACUACCGCUGCAGCAGCGGGGCGUGCGUGAUGGACAGCUGGGUGUGCGAUGGGUACCGGGAUUGUGCAGAUGGCUCGGAUGAAGAAGCCUGCCCCUCGCCUGCAAAUGUCACGGCUGCCUCCAUUCCCACUCACCACGGGCACUGUGACCGAUUUGAAUUCGAGUGUCGCCAGCCAAAGAAGUGUAUCCCCAACUGGAAGCGCUGUGACGGCCACCAAGAUUGCCAGGACGGCCAGGACGAGGCCAACUGUCCCACACACAGCACCUUGACCUGUAUGAGCAGGGAGUUCAAGUGUGAGGACGGUGAGGCGUGCAUCGUGCUCUCGGAGCGCUGCGAUGGCUUCCUGGACUGCUCGGACGAGAGCGACGAGAGGGCCUGCAGCGAUGAACUAACUGUAUACAAAGUACAGAAUCUUCAGUGGACGGCCGACUUCUCUGGGGACGUAACGUUGACCUGGAUGCGGCCCAAGAAAAUGCCCUCUGCUGGUUGUGUCUAUAACGUCUACUACAGGGUGGUCGGAGAGGGCAUCUGGAAGACUGUGGAGACACACAGCAAUAAAACCAACACCAUAUUAAAAGUCUUGAAGCCAGACACCACGUAUCAGGUCAAAGUGCAGGUCCAAUGUCUCAGCAAAGUGCACAACACCAACGACUUCGUGACUCUGCGGACACCGGAAGGACUGCCAGACGCCCCUCAAAAUCUCCAGCUGUCACUCCACAGGGAAGAGGAAGGUGUGAUUGUGGCCCACUGGUUUCCUCCCACCCACACCCAUGGCCUCAUCCGAGAGUACAUUGUGGAAUAUAGCAGGAGUGGUUCCAAGAUGUGGGCCUCCCAGAGGGCUGCUAGUAACUUUACUGAAAUAAAGAAUUUACUGGUCAACGCUCCAUAUACUGUCAGAGUGAGUAUCAGCCCCCAUUUCAGCCAUCUGGGCAGUCUCAGAACACAAGAACUCCGUGCUUACCUUUAUGAAAGACUUACUAGUAGUCUGCUAAAAGCCUAACCCCUUGCUCUGGGAGGUCAUCAUCACUGCAGUCUC